GUAUGCAGAUAUAUAGCGCAGGGGGAGACUCUAUCAGCAGUGGCGAAAAUCCCAAACUCAAUUUUUUUGCCUCAGACAAUAUUUCGUUCCGAAUCGAUAUCACGACAAUCAGUUUCGCGCGAGAGAAAGCGAAGCCAAGGAAGGAAUUAUUGAACGUGAUGCCGUUCAGAGGUUCCGCCGGCGGCGAAACAGACCCAAAAACAUCGUGGAUCAUCAUCGGCGUGGUCUUGGGGAUUUGCAUUCCCGCGUUCCUAGCUACCAUCCUCUACGUCAUGUAUGUCCGACGCGGACGGACGUGGAAUCUGCGGAAAUGGUUCUCAAAGGAUGUUGCACCGAGCCAACCGCGAUUGAAGAAGGGCGGGUUGAUUCGUACGGGAGUGGUUGUGAAGAUGGAAUCUGAGGGAGGGAAAGGAGGAGGAGGAGGAUUCGCGUUGAGAGAUCCUAGGCCUUAA